GCCGGGCGGGCAGCUGUGUGGGUCCGCGUCAGCCUGCUGUCGCCGAGCUCGUCAACGCAAACCCGUUUGCCCGCCCGCCAGUCUGCCCUCGGCGCGCGCGCGCCCCGGGCCCCCGGAGUGUGUGUGUUGGGAUUGGUUCCGUUUCCGAUACCUUAGAACGCGUUUCGUGAUCGUUUUUAUCAAAAGACACAGCCGCGCGCCGUGAUUGGAACACCUUUUCGGCGUUGCGUGAGCCGCCAGGAGCCCCAGAUUCAACCAUGGGGGCUGCGACUUCCGCGACUUCGGCGGCGACCGUGGUGGCCACGAGCGUCGCGUUUGGGGUGGGCGCCCGACUCCUGAGGCCUCGCGCUCGCUGGACGCCGUCCGCCGCGCGCGCCGUCCUCGUCACGGGCUGCGACCGCGGACUGGGCUUCUCGUUGGCCGCCCACUGCCGUUCGCUCGGGCUCACCGUCUUCGCCGGCGUCCUGGACGCCGGCUCGCCCGGGGCGAGGAAGCUCGGCGGCCUCGGGGUGCACGUCGUCCCCCUCGACGUGACGGACGGGCGGAGCGUGCAGGGCGCGGUGGCCACCGUGCAGCAGGCCCUUCGCAACGACCCCCAGCUCAGUCUCGCCGCGCUGGUCAACAACGCGGGUGUCCUCGUCUUCGGAGAGUUCGGGUGGCAGACGCCGCGGCAGGUGUCGCUGCAGCUCGACGUGAACCUGGCGGGGACCAUGAACGUCACCAGGGCGUUCCUGCCGCUGCUGCGGCGGCCGAGCCCGGACGGCCCCGGGGGCAGCAGGGGGCGCGUGGUGGUGGUGACGUCGCACUGCGCCCUGGCCUCCCUGCCCGCGCUGUCCGUGUACGCCGCCACCAAGGCGGGGCUGCAGGCGUGGGCCGACGCCCUGCGCAUGGAGCAGGCCCAGUACGGGGUGCCCGUGGUGCAGGUGGUGCCGGGCUCCUUCACGCACCUCAGCGGCAUCCUCGCGACGCACGAGGACCACGCCAGGGAGAUGGACGAGGCCAUGACGGAGGAGGACCGCCAGUUCUACGGCGACUACCCGCGGCGCUUCCACGAGUACCUGUCCGUCGUAUCGGACAUGGGCAGGAAGGCGAGCGAGAGCCCCACCAAGCUGCCCGACGAGAAGCUGCACAGCGUGUUCGAGGACGCCCUGCUGUCGCUGCGGCCCAAGGAGCGCUACGUGCACGAGCCCUGGCGGUACACCCUGUACCACACGCUCAUGAAGGUGGCCCCGACCGGCGUAAAGGACUGGCUCGCCAUAAGGUUCGCGAGCCUUCCGUCUUUCAAAGAAAAAUGAUGCUGGGCAGGGCGUGUUGUUUUACCCCGUGGAGCCGGCAAUGAGACCGCGCUAAUUAUUUUUAAAAUUAAAUGCUGAUUUUAUUGAUUAAAAGUGAGAAACCUC